UUAUCCGAACGAAUGUUGACGGAAACUGUCGAUUCUCGCAACAAUUGAAAACGAGGCUACAUUCUGGAAACCGAGAAGAAGCCAUGGCUGAUUUCGACAACGAAGGAUAUUCUGAGAGAGAUCAGGAUGUUAAAACUGAUCGCCAAAGUCUGCGGCGGUCUAGGUCAAGGUCACCAGUCAGACGGUCCCGGUCCCGUUCACCGAGACGUGACCGUGAUAGGGACCGUGAAAGGCGUCGUCCUGUUAACCUGAUCUCAAAGAGAGUGAUCAUUAGUAAUAUCCCAUAUGAGAUGAAAUGGCAGGAUAUCAAGGACUUGUUCAGAAAGGAAGUUGGAGAGGUUGCAUAUGUUGAACUUUUUGAGUUACCGGAUGGGAAACCUAAAGGAGUAGGUGUCGUGGAAUUCAAAGACAAGGAAAUGGCUAGGAAAGCCAUAGAAAGCAUGCACAGAUAUCAGCUGAAGGACAGAUUCAUGGUUGUCCGUGAGGAACGUGAAAAUGACAUGCGGAUGCAAGGAGGCAUGGGUGGGGGUGGAGGCAUGGGCGGGGGAGGAGGUAUGGGUGGUGGUGGAGGUAUGGGAGGAGGCAUGGGCGGGGGCAUGGGAGGAGGAAUGGGUAUGGGUGGUGGAGGCGGAGGAGGAGGUAUGGGGGGUGGCAUGGGUAUGGGAGGAGGUAUGGGUGGGGGGAUGAUGGGAAACAUGGGGGGUGGAAGUAUGAUGCCCCAUGGACUAGACAACCAGACUCUCCAGCAAUUAGGAAUCGAGGGACCAGUCACCAACACUGUGUUUGUUGCUAAUCUUGACUACAAGGUGACAUGGAGGAAGUUAAAGGAUGUGUUCAAACUUGCUGGUAAUGUGCUGAAGGCUGAAAUCAAGACAGACAAAGAAGGCAAGAGCCGUGGCAUGGGAACGGUGGAGUUUGAGAUGCCUCUUGAAGCUGUACAGGCAAUUUCUAUGUUUAAUGGUCAGACAUUGUAUGAACGCAACAUGGUGGUCAGAAUGGAUAAAGCAAAAGAAGACCAGCCUCCACCCAUGCCUAAACUUCCACCUGGUUUGAAGUCAAUUGGUAUGGGUCUUGGUGCCGGUGGAAUGCCUUUGCAUAAUAACCCACAGAUGUCCAACAUGGGAGGGAUGGGCAACAUGGGAGGUGGCAUGGGGAUGGGAGGUGGUAUGGGGAUGGGAGGUGGCAUGGGAAUGGGCAGUGGUAUGGGUGGUGGGAUGGGUAGUGGUAUGACAGGAGGAAUGGGUGGUGGGAUGGGCACAGGUAUGGGGGCUCAGUCUCUGGGGGGUGGCAACAUGGGAGGCGGUAUGGGUGGAGGAGGAAUGGGCAACAUGGGGACAAGCAUGGGUGGUCUUGGUAACAUGGGUUCCAUGGGGGGGCUUGACAUGAACAGUGGGAUGGGAGGUAUGAACAGCAUGGGGGGCAAUAUGGGGACAAUGUCAGGAGUCGGAGGCAGCAUGGGGAUGGGUACAGGUAUGGGGGGGAACACCAUGGGAACCGGAUCUAUGGGAAUGGGGACUGGCAUGGGCAACUUUGGCAUGGGGUCAGGCAUGUCGGAUAACUUCAGUGGUAUGGGCAACAACAAAAUGGGAUCAGCCAGUGGAAUGGGUGACUCGUUCGGCAGCUCAAUGGGUAUGACUGGAUCCAUGUCCAACAUGAGUGCAAUGUCAGGCACCAAUAUGAUGGGCCAGAGCAGCAUGGGUGGCAACUGGGGCUCCAACUCAAACUCCAAUAUGGGAGGCGGCAGUAUGGGAUCUGGAUACAGUGACCGAGGGGACAAGUCCCGCUCAACUAGACCAGAUGCCUGCACAAUCAUUGUUAAGAAUCUACCGUACUCAUUUUCAUGGCAGGCACUGAGACAAAAGUUCAAGGGUAUUGGUGAUGUGAAGUAUGCAGAGAUUGAGAAGGAGAAUGGCCGAUCCACUGGCGUGGGGCUGGUUCGGUUUGGCAAUGCAGAUGAUGCACAGAGAGCAAUCUCAAGCAUGAACCGUGCUGACUGUGAUGGCCGGGAAAUCUGUGUGCGUCUCUACCAAGGUUGAAUAUGUGUACCAGAAUCACAUGUACGUACCCCAUGGGUCAUGUGACAUCAACAUUGAUAUAGCAGUUCAUCGGCAUAUCGUGGCAGAAUCUUUCUUUUGGGCUCGAUUUACCUGUGCAAAGUUGUGUUUCACAAACGUUCUUGAGAGACAAUCGUACACUGUUUUUGAAACAACAGAUUGCUAUCAAUUUCUGAGGAGAAAUUACGACCUCACUGUAUUCAUAUUGUACUUUCUUUACUCAUUCAGUCAAUAGUUCUUCAGUCUCAUGUCUUGUCUCAUUGUUAAAGUUAUGUGCUGUGAAUGUGAUGAUCAGGAUCAAGGUUUGAUACUAAUUUCAGUCACUGAAUAUUUUCAUACUUCUAAGAUUUUUUAUUAUGUCAUCAGUAGUUUUAUCAGUCGUUUUUAUGAAACAAUGUAUUGUCAUACGGUAUUAAUAAAUAAUUUGAAAGGAUAUAAGUUGAAUUCAGAUUUUAUUGUGGAAGUCGCUUCCAUUGCAUGGCAAGCCAUUAGCAUGGGGUUUAAUCAAUAUGAAUUCAUGGUCAGCAGUGUAUUGAUAUUAUGAACAGGAAGGGGCUUGGUUGACGAAGAACAAUUUUCUUGCAAUAUAACUAUCAUUGUUGGUCUCUUAUAACUAAAUUGAUAUGAGUCUUGAAAGAGUGUUGUGAGUUUUCUUUCUGUAAUGCAGGAAGAUGGAUUUGAAGUUUGUACAUUUCCCUGACUUGCUUAGCAAUCAAGACACUUUUUGACUGGGAAUUUCAAAAGUAAUGUCGGUGGUUUGAUCAAACAUUUGUGUUGACAAAUUUAUAAUCUUCUUACAUGCUGUUUGGGUGACAGAACAUUGGCUGCUUCUGUUUGGGACUCUCCUGGAGACUCUAGAAGUACUUAUUAGUGGAAUGUUUCGUCGAGUAUGCCAUGAAUGGUCAGCAAAACAUCUAGUCCACACUUUGCCAUUACCAAGUCCUGAGAAUGUCAUCACUGCUGAGAAAGUUGUUCAACCAUGGGGAAGGGAUGAUUUCAUGGUUCAAGUGAACUGUUUUGUACUUUGUUUCAGAGAAAUGCUGUUUUUAAUGUUACACUGAUGUGUUUUGAGUAUUGACGAAGCAGCAUUACAGUUGAUGCCAUGUUGACUCUGUAUGGCAGAUAAGACAAUUGAACUUGUAAUAGCAGUUUGGAUGAUAGAUUGUAUUGUGCAAGUAGAUGUACCAAUAAUGGACACUCAGUAGCUUUAUGCUUAGUAGAAAGACUCUUUAAGAAAAGUCUUCUUCUUUCUUCUUUUUUGUGAUGUGUGAAGACUUUGUGGAGAUAGUGACAUAGUGGAGGUCAGUUUCCUUCAAAUUCAGAGUUUUCAAGAUCAAUAUUCUUUAAUCCGAAAGAUUAGAGACUGCUUCAAUUUAGGUUGCUUUUUGCCCAAUUGUGUUACUUAAUGAGAAAUGAUUAGUGGUACAUAGGGUAGUUUUUUUCAAUUUUUAAUACUGCCAAGUCACUGUUUCACAGUUGACAAAACAGUCCGAGAAUGGUAUCAACUGGAGAUUAUUUUGUCCAGAAUAAUGUGUCUAUAUUACUUUCUUUUCAUAUGACAAGUUACUAUGUUGAUGUUGAAUAAAGCACAAGUCUACAGACGAUUAGUUUCCAUCUUGGUGGAAUUUUCAUCUCUCUGAACAAUAACCAAUUGUGAUACUUUUGGGAUAAAUGAUACCAUUUGGAUGUUGAAAGUGUUCACCGUGUGUGGAUAGUCAUAUUCCUUGAGGAACAACACUGGGAAGAGGGUUUGGCAAAUGUCAAUGGUUGAUCAUUUGCUGCCAGUUAAUGUGGAUUUGGUCAUAUGCUGUCAGACAGUUUACAUGCUUUUCAACGUAGAGUUGAUUGUACAACGUUGGCGGUUGGAUGUUACUGUCUUCCUCUGGUGGUGGAGUAAGUAUGUCUUGGUGAGGAAACUUGUUCCUUGCUGUGUGUCAUGUUUUUUGUCAUGUGUGUUAUCAGCUUAAACUUAAUAGAUGCUCUAUUGUCUUUCAAAUGUUUGACAACGGGCAAUAUGUUCAUGUUAUUCGUUUAAAGUUCUAAUACACUUGCUUUGAUACCAUUUCCUUUUCCUCCCAGUUGCAAGGUUUUCAGCAAUUUACUGCUAUUUUGUCCUCCAUGCUAAUUUCACUGCUAAAUGAGGUAAAUGAAAUGCUCAUGUCGUAUAACAAUUAUGCUGUUUAUCAUUGUCUGGGACUUUGACAUGUGAGAGUAGCAGUAUAUUAACACCAUUAUCAGAUGUUGUAUAGUACCAUCUAGAAUCUCUUGGCUUGGCCUCCUGCAGUAGAUGUUGUGUGUGUCUUUGACUUAUUAAAAUAGAGGCUGGGUAGACACCUGAGUCAAGGGAGAUUACUUGGUAGACAGCUCAUUCAAGGGAGAUUACUUGGUAGACCACUCAUUCAAGGGAAGGUUUCCCUUGCACCAUGUGAUUGUGGAAUCUUGAGGCCGACAUCAACAUCGGAGGAGUUGUUUUCCAAGUUACAGGCAAAUGUGUUGAUUUCAUUUCUUCAUUGCUUUGUUCAUAAAUAUUUUGGUCACUGCAUCAGUUGUUAUAAUGCUUGCACAUUUGUAACCUCACCUCUGUUGCAUCUGUAUUGGAGGUAUUCAUUGGGUUGUUUUCGACAAUUGUUCGCCUUUCCAUCUGAAGGACAUAUGAUUUCUUGUGCAAGCCAGCUCACAAUGCCAAAUAUUUCUAACUUUGAUAAUGAUAAUAAAAAGUUGUCAUUUCAUCCAGUGCAAAUUUAAUUUCACAUAAACUAAAAAUAUGAUGAUGCUUUUUGUAAAGAAGUUCAGUGUAAUCGAUUGUGUGAUAUGUCCUUUUCUGAAAGUUCAUAUGUAAAGCAUGUUUUUCACACUUGCAGGUUUAUCAAGAAAGGUGUUCAUCCUGAUCAUGAGGAGGUCAGCUAAGAAAGCAGAUACUGUCCAGGGUUGAUCCUGACAGAGGUUGAGAAGUGCCUUGGAUUAACAGCCAAAUCCUGUUGAGGUCCAUCAAACAAAGCUGUGAUCAUUCCUGUUAUGUUGAUAAACUAUUAUCACUUGCCUUGGGAGAAGAAAGCUUGGGGUCCAAGGAAGUGGAAUGUGCUGAACAUCAACAGAAAAAGGAGGAUGGAAAUCAGAUGUUGAUAAUUGUAGCAUCGUCUGUCUCCAUUAAACAUUGUAAACAUCAA